CUUCCCCGCAUCCGCUCGUCCCUCUCCGGCCGCUCGGGUUGAGGGCCGGGCUAUGCGACUUAGGGGAGCCGGAGGGUGCAGGCGCGCGUCCCUGCGGCGGCGGCGGCGUCCCCGGGGCCGGCGCCCCGUGCGCCCCCGCUCCAGCUGCGGGUCCCUGCUCCCUCCGCCGAGCGGCGUCUUUGUGUGCGGGGGUGUGGGAGGGGAGGCGCGAGGCCGCGUGCCGCCGAGUGCCCGCUCCCUCCCAGGGCGGGUGGGGGCUGCUCCGCGCCUCCCGCCCGCCGCCUCCCGAGGACGCCCGCCGCCCGCACCACGCCGGGCGCGCCGCCCCCGCCCGCCGCCGCCGCUCGCACAUGCCCGAGCCGCAGCCCCGCGAGCAGACAGCGCCGGCCGUCCGCCCCGCGGCCCCGGGCCCCGGCUCCCGCGCCGUCCCUCCCCGCGGGCCGGGCGCCGCGGCCCCGGCAUGAGGAGCGGGCGAUGAUCCCCGCCAACGCCUCCGCCAGGAAGGGGCCCGAGGGCAAGUACCCGCUGCACUACCUCGUGUGGCACAACCGCCACCGGGAGCUGGAGAAGGAGGUCCGCGCCGGCCAGGUGGACAUUGAACAACUAGAUCCCCGUGGCCGGACUCCUCUGCACCUGGCUACCACACUGGGGCACCUGGAAUGUGCCCGUGUGCUCUUGGCACAUGGUGCAGAUGUGGGCAGGGAGAACCGCAGUGGUUGGACAGUGCUGCAGGAGGCCGUGAGCACCAGGGACCUUGAGCUGGUGCAGCUGGUGCUGCGCUACCGGGACUACCAGCGGGUGGUGAAGAGACUGGCAGGCAUCCCCAUGCUCCUGGAGAAGCUUCGAAAGGCUCAGGAUUUCUAUGUGGAGAUGAAAUGGGAGUUCACAAGUUGGGUGCCUCUGGUAUCCAAGAUUUGCCCUAGUGACACCUACAAAGUGUGGAAGAGUGGGCAGAACCUGAGGGUAGACACCACGCUUCUGGGCUUUGACCAUAUGACCUGGCAGAGGGGGAACCGCAGCUUCGUCUUCAGGGGUCAAGACACAAGUGCCGUGGUCAUGGAGAUUGACCAUGACCGCCGUGUGGUGUACAUGGAGACUCUGGCACUGGCCGGGCAGGAUCGGGAGCUACUGCUGGCUGCUGCCCAGCCCUCGGAGGAACAGGUGCUGAGCAGGCUUACUGCGCCUGUUGUCACCACACAGCUUGACACCAAGAACAUCUCCUUUGAGAGGAACAAGACUGGCAUUCUGGGCUGGCGCAGCGAGAAGACGGAGAUGGUGAAUGGGUACGAGGCCAAGGUCUAUGGGGCCUCUAACGUGGAGCUCAUCACCCGGACUCGGACAGAGCAUCUUUCGGAACAACACAAAGGCAAGGUCAAAGGCUGUAAGACACCUCUGCAGUCUUUCCUGGGAAUUGCUGAGCAGCACGGGGGCCCCCAAAAUGGGACCCUGAUCACUCAGACUCUGAGCCAAGCCAAUCCCCCUGCCAUCACUGCAGAAGAAUACUUCAACCCCAACUUUGAGCUUGGCAACCGGGACAUGGGCCGUCCCAUGGAACUGACCACCAAGACACAGAAGUUCAAGGCCAAGCUGUGGCUGUGUGAGGAGCAUCCCCUGUCCCUGUGUGAGCAGGUGGCUCCCAUCAUCGACCUCAUGGCCGUCAGCAAUGCACUUUUUGCCAAGCUCCGGGACUUCAUCACAUUGCGCCUGCCUCCUGGCUUCCCAGUCAAGAUUGAAAUCCCGAUUUUUCACAUCCUCAACGCCCGCAUCACCUUUGGGAACCUCAAUGGCUGCGAUGAGCCAGUGCCCUCCGUGCGAGGUAGCCCGAGCAGCGAGACACCCUCCCCUGGCAGUGACUCUUCCAGCGUCAGCAGCUCCAGCUCUACCACCUCCUGCCGUGCCUGUGAGAUCUCCCCUGCAUUGUUCGAGGCCCCACGUGGCUACAGUGUGCUGGGCGGCCAGCGAGAGGCUGCGACUCGUGAUGACGAUGAUGACCUGCUGCAGUUUGCCAUCCAGCAGAGCCUGCUUGAGGCGGGCAGUGAGUAUGACCAGGUCACCAUCUGGGAGGCGCUAACUAACAGCAAGCCAGGCACCCACCCCAUGUCCUGUGAAGGCCGCCGACAGGACAGGUGUCCCAGGUAUGCCGGGAGCGGGGAGCGCUCGACAAAUCCUCCCCGCCCCCAGGAGCGCCCCACCCACGCCGCAGCGCCAGUCCAUGCCCCCGGCUCCAGUGCCCAGCCCUCGGCCCAGCCCAGGUCCCGGCUCCAGCAGCCACGUGUUCCGGAGCUACGACGAGCAGCUGAGGCUGGCUAUGGAGCUGUCAGCCCAGGAGCAGGAGGAGAGGCGGCGGCGAGCGCGCCAGGAGGAGGAAGAGUUGGAGCGGAUCCUGCGGCUCUCGCUGACCGAACAGUAGCGCCUCCUACUGGGACCAUCGCUCACUCCACGCAGGACCCGGGUCUGCGCACCUGCCGAGCGGCUGCUGGAGUCUGGAGCCAUCGCAUUGGGGGUGUAGCAGCGCAUCAGGCCUGAGAUGCCAGGGGAUUGAUACAGGCAUGGAGUAACUUCCAGGCCAGAGCCCUAGAGGCAUGGCUGGUCUCCCUGCUCUGCUGUAUGGUGACCCCUAAUCCGCUUCUCUGGGCUCAGCUCUGUCCAAGGGCGGAGGCAGGUGUUAUUGAAAAGGAAACGAAUCCUUGAGAGGAGCAUUGUCCCCGUCCCUUGCUCCUUAUGGCUGGUCCUCCUUCUUGCUCACUAACCCCUCUCCAGGACACUGUCCCUGAAGCCUUCGCAUCUCAGCUCUUCACCCCUGGGAGGCAGCUGAUCACCCAGCGUGCUGUGUCGCUGCUUUGUCCCAGACACAAACCAGCACGUCAAGGGCCCAGCCCCUCCCCACCCCGGCAUUUCAGCGUCAAGUGCACUUAGCGGGGUGCCCAGCUCCCCCAGCUCCCACACCUGUCCUGUGUCUCAGGGUGGUCCUAGCUUCCCCUUAGGCAGCCAGGAAUUGGAAUCCCCAUGCCUGCAGCACGUUUUUCUUGUGAUCAGGGAGUAUGUCUAAGGUGCCCCCUAGUUUGGGCAAGGCCUGGUUCCCUCAUGGUGCCUUGGGGGAAUGGGGGUAGCAUAUUGGCUUGGGGGCAAGCACUAGACCCGACACAGAAGCGUUGAUGAGGGCCCUGGCACCACUACCACCACCCACCCCUUCCUACCAGCUGCUGCUAGCCCUCUGUGGUUGUGCACCCCUCUUGCCCCAUUCAGGGGCUGACUAACACCCUUUAUCCAAUGGUGCUAACCCCGGCUCUCCCUGUUCCACCCUACCCACCUAAAGAAGCACAGGCCCCGUGGAGCAGGGGCCGCACCCUUGUCCUGGGCUGCCUUCUGGCUGGCUUCUCUCUGCCAGGGGCUCAGAGGGGCACAAAAGGGGGUCAAGAAAAGAGCAACAAAGCGAAAUUGUUCUUCCUCUUCCCUUCCCUGAUGCCAGGGGCACCAGACUGAUUCUGAGGCACAAAUAAAAGAGGUUUCAAACCAGA